GUCCAGCCGCGAGUGCCCAGGCCUCGGAAGUGGCCGUUGUAAACUUCACCUCGUAGACUUUCUCCAUCCUGGUCCUAGAGUCCACCGGCUUUCCACAGGUGUCAGUCUGGCUCCUGAGGGUUGCCUGGCCUUCCACCCCGAGACCUGAAGCUGCCCGGGGGUCGUGGGUGUGCAGGUUGGACCACGCGAGUCCGAGGGGCUCACUGUGUAUCUCUGGCUUGCUUGGAACUUGCUGGGUAGACCAAGAUGGCCUAGAACUCACAGAGAUCCCCAGAAAUCCACCUGUCUCUCCUUCCAAUUUCUGGGAGUAAAGACUUUAAUCCAUCAAACCUGUAAGUCACAGACCUCACCGUGCGGAAAUAUAUCAUUAAGGAACUGUGGGGUCUUUUGAAAACAUUGGAAGACUUACCAUGAGUUUAAAUACUUCAAGCAAUGCCACUGCUGGGGACUCCCAAAGAUUGAAAAAUGCCUCAGUGGAUGUAAAACAAAUGCUUAAAAAUGAAACAGAGUCAGAUAUCACUGCCGAUCUCAGAAAGAAGCUCCAUCGGGCUAAGAAGGAGAAACUAGAAAUGACAACUAAGCACAAUGUAGAGCUGUCAAGCUACGAGAGCCAGAUUGCCAGGCUGCGGUCCGAGGUGGAAAAAGGAGAAGCCCUUCGACAGCGUCUUGAGUAUGACCUGGCUAUUGCUAGAAAGGAUGUUGGUCUGGCCAGACGGGCGUCGGAAGAGAGACUGGCCGAGGCACAGAGGAUUCAAGAAAGGCUCUGCACUCAGAAUUCAGAACUUCAACGAAAGGCAAAUGAGAUUGAGAAAACUCUUCAGACUUCCCAAGAGAAAUGGAAAGAAGAAUGCAGAAAAUUUGAACAUGAUUUGGAGGAAAGAGACAAUAUAAUUCAAAGUUGCAAUCGAGAAUAUGAGUUACUUAUGCAGGAAAAAAGCAGGCUGCAAAAAACUCUGCAGGAAGCCCUGGAAAAACAUGAGAAAGAGAAGAAUGAGAUGGAGUCUCACGUCAGGGAGAUGGCCUUGGAGGAGUUUAGAUUACAAGCAGAGCAAUGGGAAGCUGAACGAAGAGAGUUACAGCUUAUAGUACAGGAGCAAGGUAGUGCUGUGCAAAAUAUGCAGAAAAAAGUGGAACAGUUAGAAGCGGAGCACACGGACUGCUCGGACCUUCUGCGGCGGCAGACGAGUGAGCUUGAGUUUAGCACUCAAAGGGAAGAGCGCCUGAGGAAAGAGUUUGAGGCAACUACUCUGAGAAUGAGGAAAUUGGAAGAGAACAUUGAAACAGAAAGAGCAGCACAUUUGGAAUCAAAAUUUAAUUCUGAAAUUAUUCAGUUACGGAUUCGAGACCUUGAAGGAGCUUUACAAGUAGAGAAAGCCAGCCAAGCAGAGGCUGUUGCUGAUCUAGAAAUGAUCAAAAAUGAAUUCAAAGAAGUUGAAAGUGCAUAUGAAAGAGAAAAACACAAUGCACAAGAAAGCUUUGCAAAACUGAAUUUAUUAGAAAGAGAAUAUUUCUCCAAAAACAAGAAACUAAAUGAAGAGAUCGAAGAACAGAAGAAAGUAAUUAUAGAUCUUUCAAAGAGACUCCAAUAUAAUGAAAAAAGUUGCAGUGAGCUACAGGAGGAACUUGUAAUGGCUAAGAAGCACCAGGCCUUCCUAGUAGAGACAUGUGAAAAUAACGUGAAAGAAUUGGAAUCAAUCUUGGACAGCUUUACCGUGUCAGCCCAGUGGACGUCAGGCGUCCACAAGGACAAAGAUAAGCCUCCCAGCUUCUCUGUUGUCCUUGAGACUCUGAGGCGGACCUUGACAGAUUACCAGAACAAGCUGGAAGAUGCAUCUAAUGAGCUAAACAACAUAAAUGAUGCCAAGGAAAAGACAUCCAAUGAACUUGAUUCCACCAAACAAAAAAUUGAAUCUCACAUUAAAAAUAUAAAGGAACUUCAGGAUAAGCUGGCUGAGGUCCAUAAAGAGCUAAGUCACUUACGCACUAAGUGUGCCGACCGAGAGGCCCUCAUAACCACGCUGAAGGUGGAACUGCAGAAUGUGUUGCACUGCUGGGAGAAGGAGAAGGCCCGGGCAGCUCAGUGUGACAGUGAGCUGCAGAAGCUGUCCCAGGCCUUCCGGAAGGACACCGAGGAGAAGCUAACCUUCCUUCACACCUUGUAUCAGCACUUGGUAGCAGGCUAUGUGCUCCUAAAACAACCAGAAGGCAUGUUGGAUAAAUUCUCUUGGUCUGAGCUCUGUGCAGUCUUGCAGGAGAAUGUUGAUGCCCUCAUUGCAGACCUCAACAGGGCUAAUGAGAAGAUAAGUCACCUGGAGUAUAUCUGUAAAAACAAGUCUGAUACAAUGAGAGAGCUUCAACAGACCCAGGAAGACACCUUCAACAAAGUGGCAGAACAGAUCAAGGCCCAAGAGAGCUGUUGGCACACACAGAAGAAGGAGCUGGAGUUCCAGUAUUCUGAACUUCUCCGGGAAGUGCAGAGGAGGGCACAGACAUUUCAAGAAAUUGCAGAAAAAAACAUGGAAAAAUUGAACCGUAUUGAGAGCUCACAUGAACAACUGGUUCUUGAGAAUUCACAUUUCAAAAGCACAUUGUCCAAGACUCAGCGGGAACAGACAUGCUUGCUGGCGGCAUGCGCGCUGAUGGCUGGUGCACUGUAUCCCCUCUAUAGCAGGUCAUGUGCCUUAUCCACACAGAGAGACUUUCUCCAGGAGCAAGUCAACAGCUUGGAACUGUUCAAACUGGAAAUUAGGACUCUAGCCCAGGCAUUGUCAGCAGUAGAUGAAAAGAAACAAGAAGAAGCCAAAGCGAAGAAAAAAACAUUCAAAGGACUGAUCCGUGUAUUCCGGAAAGGUGCAAUUGCAAUUUUGGCCGCAAAUAGACUCAAGAUUUUGGGUCAAUCCUGUGCCACUCUUUUUACCUGGAUGGAAAGUUGUAAAGAAGGCAUAGGCAUGCUAGUGUGUACAGGAGAGCCCAAAGACAAGCACAAAUUUCCAAAACAUCAAAGGGAGCAGUUACGCUGCGUACAAGCACUUACUUGGUUUACCAGUUCCGACCUUCUUGCUGCGAUUGUCAGUUCUAUGACUGAGCUGCAAGAAGUCAUUAGUAAAACAGAUCCAAAUUCCAGAAUUUGCGGACAUUUGCUCAUAGGUGCAGCCAAGAAUUCUUUUGCAAAAUUAAUGGAUAAAAUUAGUUUGGUAAUGGAAAGCAUACCACUGCAUAACAACCGGAGCAUAACGUAUGUAGAAAAAGAUUCACUGGUCCAGAGGCUGGCCCGAGGACUUCACAAGGUGAACACACUGGCCCUGAAGUAUGGUUUCCGCAGCCAUAUGCCCAUUAUGAAAAGUACUGCAUCAUUACAAAAAUACAUAUUUGGAUUCACACAAAGGCUGCAUGCAGCUGAAGUGGAGCGCCGCUCACUGCGUCUAGAAGUUACAGAAUACAAACGAACCAUUAAUGAAAUGAAGAAGGAGCUUGACAAAUCACACAAUCUGCAAAUGCAGCUAAAUGAAUUCAAGCACUCAAAGUUGAUCACCCAUGAGAAGUUUGAAAGUGCAUGUGAAGAACUAAAUAAUGCAUUACUUCGGGAACAGCAGGCACAAAUGCUGUUGAAUGAACAGGCCCAGCAACUACAGGAGUUGAAUUAUAGACUUGAAUUGCACUCCAGUGAGGAAGCUGACAAAAACCAGACUCUCGGGGAAGCUGUUAAGAGUCUCUCCGAGGCAAAGAUGGAGCUGAGAAGGAAAGAUCAAUCUCUACGUCAGCUCAAUAGACAUCUUACCCAGCUGGAGCAGGACAAGCGUCGACUGGAGGAGAACAUCCACGAUGCAGAGAGUGCCCUCCGCAUGGCAGCCAAAGACAAAGAAUGUGUUGCCAAUCACAUGAGAACAAUAGAAAACAUGCUUCAUAAGGUCAGAGAUCAGAUCUCGCUGUCACGGACUGCAGCAAGUAGGAAUGACUUCACCCUGCAGCUCCCCAAACUGCACCUGGAGACCUUUGCAGUGGAGGGGCUCAAGGGUGGGCCAGAGGUUGUGGCAUGCCAGGCCAUGAUUAAAAGUUUCAUGGAUGUCUACCAGCUUGCAAGCACCAGAAUCGCUACAUUAGAGAAAGAAAUGACGUCACACAGAAAUCACAUCGCAACCCUCAAGUCUGAGCUCCACACAGCUUGCCUAAGAGAGAAUGAAAGUUUACAGUCGACAGGGUCCCGAGACCACUCCAACCUUUCCAUCCCUCCCAGAGUUGCCCUCCCUUCGGACACAGUUGGGAACUUUCUUCCACUGCAAGCGGAACUUGACACAACAUUCGCUUUCUUAAAGGAGACGUUCAUAAAUUCGGCACCCCAUUCUCUACAGUCGUCUCGCUCCUCUCCAGUGCUGCCUACUCAUGCCCAAAGACCAUCUCAGAUUGGAUUAUGACUUCGUGAAAUAAAAAAAAAAGAAAGGAGGACGAGUUUUGGUGCAAUUAAAAUUGUUUCGAAGGGGGAUUUUCUUAUCAGAUGAAUUUUGUUUAAUACAAGUGAGGACGGGCUUUUAAAAAUUGUGUGACAUCUUGAUGUGUGCAGGGAUCUCUGUCUCCUUAAAUAAUGAAAUAACCCACUUUUUCCUCCCUAAGUUUUUAUUUAUUAUCACAGUCGCUCAUUUUUAUGUAACAUAUUUUUAAAUGUUAAAGAAUGACACAUUUUGGGUAAU